AUGGAAGAGAGGCAUGUUCUGUUUGACAAGUAUGAGAUGGGAAGGCUAUUGGGGAUGGGGACUUUUGCCAAGGUGUACUAUGGCAAAAACCUCGCAACUGGAGAAAGCGUAGCUAUCAAAGUUAUCAAUAAAAAUCAAGUGAAGAAGGAAGGGAUGAUGGAGCAGAUCAAAAGAGAAAUCUAUGUUAUGAGAUUAAUUCCACACCCAAAUAUUGUUGAGCUCAAAGAAGUGUUAGCUACAAAAUCCAAGAUCUUCUUCGUUAUGGAAUAUGUCCGCGGUGGCGAGCUCUUCGCUAAGGUCGCUAAGGGGAAGCUCAAAGAGGAUGUUGCUCGUAAGUAUUUUCAACAACUCACCAGCGCAGUCGAUUUUUGCUAUAGCAUAGGUGUUUGUCAUCGAGACUUGAAGCCGGAGAAUCUGUUAUUAGAUGAAAAUGGAGAUCUCAAAAUCUCUGAUUUUGGGCUAUCAGCCUUGCCGGAACACUUACGCAUCGACGGGCUUCUUCAUACGCACCAAGCACAUAAUUCAUACACCACAAACAAAAAGAAACCUUCAUUUAUGAAUAAUACUAAUGGAAUAAAAUACAACAAAACAAAGAGCAGCUUGGGCUACACAACAGGCAUCGUUCACCCCGUAUCAUUAACAGAAAAGCAGCAUUCAAUUUCGGCAAGCUGUGAAGCACAAAAAUAG